CCUCAUUUUGGCAGAAAGUACAAUGUCGACCAGCCGCAAAUUAAAGAGUCCCAGCAUGAGGAAGGGCAAGAACCAAGCUCCUCACAAGGGAGUCAAGAGAGGUGGCAGCAAAAGAAAAUACCAGAAGGGCAGCCUGAAGAGUAGCAAGCGGUACAAUGACGCCAAUUGCAAUUCCCGCUCCCACUUGUGACUCCACCAGCGGGCUCUGCCCUGGUGGACUUCAAACGACACCAGGCAGCAACAGAGAACAGAAGGGGGACUGCCAAGGAGAUCUGAAGUUAGAUCAAAGCCAGAGAAGAGCCUAUCAUGUGGAUAAAAUGUCAGUCGUGACGAAGUGAGGAAUGUAUAUAUGUUGGCUGUUUCUCCCCAACAUUUCAAUAAACAUUUGAAAACUGAA